CCGGGAGGGGGGAGGAAGAGGAGGAGAAGCCCCUGCUGGCUGGGGAAGGAGAAGUUUAGGGCAGCAGCGGAGGAAGCAGGGAGGGGGGAGAGAGCCGGGACACCGCGGCGGAGAUGGCCUUCAGGAGGAGGAAAAGUUACCCCAUCUUCAGCCAGGAGUUUGUCAUCCACAACCAUGCGGACAUCGGCUUCUUCUUCGUGCUCUGCGUCCUCAUCGGGCUGAUGUUUGAGGUCACCGCUAAAACUGCCUUCAUCUUCAUCUUACCUCAGUAUAACAGCAGCCUGCAGUCGCUCGACGGUGAGAUAGUUUAUUAUCACUAUGGUGCAAAGGAUUUCGUCACCAUAUUGUUCUACGUGAUCAUCGCAAUCAUACUGCACGCCAUCGUACAGGAAUACAUCCUGGAUAAAGUAAACAAACGGCUUCAUCUGUCCAAAGUGAAGCAGAGCCGGUUUAAUGAGUCCGGGCAGCUGGCCGCGUUUCACUUGGCCUCCAUGUUUUGGUGCCUGUACGUAGCGGCCACGGAAGGCUAUUUAUCCAAUCCAAAGACCCUAUGGGAAAGUUACCCUCAUGUCUACUUACCCUUCCAAGUGAAGUUCUUCUACCUGUGCCAGCUGGCGUAUUGGCUGCACGCGCUGCCGGAAUUAUACUUCCAGAAAGUGAAGAAGGAGGAAAUCCCGCGCCAGCUGCAGUAUAUUAUUCUGUAUUUACUUCAUAUAGGAGGAGCUUAUUUACUCAAUCUGACCCGCUUGGGGUUGAUAUUGCUGUUAUUACAGUCAGUGGCAGAGUUCCUCUUCCAUAUCGCGCGGCUGUUUUACUUCACGGACGAGAACAAUCAGAAACUAUUUAACGCGUGGGCUGUGGUGUUUGUGGUCUCGCGGCUUUUUACGCUCACCCUUUCUGUUCUGACGAUCGGAUUUGGCCUUGCCCGUGCUGAGAUCCACACCUUCAACCCAGACAAAGGAAACUUCAAUACUUUACUUUUCAGGAUGGUCGUGUUGCUGAUGAUGUGCGUGUCUCAGACGUGGAUGAUGUGGCGGUUUAUCCACUUCCAGCUGCGGCGGUGGCGAGAGUGCUGUAAGGAGCAAGCGGCCAGGAAGAGGACGGCGGUAGCUGCAUUGGCCAAACAGGUCAAGGUUCUCAAAAGGGAAUCAGGUUACCAUGAAAAUGGACUGAUAAAAGCUGAGAACGGUUCCACGCCUCGACCAAAAAAAAUAAAAUCACCGUAAAAAGCCAAAAACCGCCUUACGGCAGAGAGCCGAGGAAGGGGGACAGUGAGGACCAGGACUAACGCUGCGUCCCUGGUCUCUGCCGUUACUGUGCCUUUUUUGGGCGACAAAACACAAGUGCCUUUUAAGAUUGAUCGUUGGAAACUUUUUUGUUACAUAUUUAAAAAGAAAAAAAAUUCUGCAAAGUGCCCAACUUGCCUUCCAGCCAGAUAAACCUUUCCUCUUGCUUCUGCGCGAGCUCAAGAAUCCCUGUUUCCCCAUCUGCCGCACAGAGAACCCUUUCCAAAGCCAGCCGCUCCAUCCAGCGUUUGAAUUGGAGCGCUACCUCCUCCACGGCGGGUACCGUGCUACGCGAGCCCUCCGCUUGGACCUGCUACAGCAUCCUUUCAUGUCUGACUGCGCACUACUGCUUUUUUUUAUAUGCGCCUGUCAUUUUUCCAAAGGAUUUGCAGUUUACGGAAUGUUUCACCUUUUUGUCCUCCAACGUAACGGAAAUAGUUUUAGAACCGGAUGCAACGUUCUACCAUCUCACACAGCUGUGUGUCCUGGACAUACCAUGCCAUCACACAGGCUUACGGAUACUUCUGGAAGGUUUGCUAUGUUGUGGCUAUCCCCAUCUGUUCUUAGGUAGCAGCUCACCUUAUUUUAAGCACUUCCAGGCUCCUCUAGAAUAGUGGACAUUUCUCCCGCCCAACUCCAAAAAGUUUCUUGUAUGAACCGUUGGAAUAAACGUACAGCCCUAGUACCUCCAGGGAUGUAUGUCCUGCCAUUGCCGAGUCUAACUUGUGAUUGGAUGAGCCCCUCUUUCCAAGUUGCACCUGGAAUGACGACGAGGUCCCCAGACAUUUAUCGAACGCGUAACUAUUGCAAAAUCAUGUAGCAACUGUAUUUGAAUCAAAAAAAGGGAAAACUGUAAUAUACUACCAAGAGGUCUACACAGUAUGUCUGAUCUAGUAAUAUUGCAUUUACGACGAGAUGUGCUCUCAGCUACCGCAACCAGCGGCUGCCAUCUUGUAUCUCUAUAGAGCAAGUUAGACCAGAAGGCAACAGCUUGCUAUGGGUAGUGCAUACGUUGCACCGCAAUGCUGUGUUGGUGGAUGAAGGACACUGCCGGAAAUUACAUUGGCCCGAUUUUUAUUUUUACUAGUUUUGGGAUGUUUAAAAAAUAGACGCACACUGCUAUUUCAUUCUCUGGGGGUGCAUGAAAAACGUGUGCGUACAAAUGAGCAAUAAUGUUCUGUAACCCAUAGCAACCACAACAUAAAACCAGAUUUUAUCUGUUUUAAUGCCAACUACAGUAGUUGUAUAAAUGGAUUGGUUGCUAUGGGAUACAGUUUGUUAAUCUGUUACGUUACUGGUUUAUAGACUGUAUUGCUGCUUGCCUUCUAUUGACCUAGUCACGCGUUUCGCUAAGCUGAUCAUUGAACAGAGAUUAUUUGACACAUUGGGGUAAAUUUACUAAGGUGGGAGGUUUUUUUAGAACUGGUGAUGUUGGCCAUAGCAACCAAUCAGAUUCUAUCUUAUCGUCUAGAAGCAGCUAGAUAAAUGUUAAGUAGAAUCUGAUUGGUUGCUAUGAGCAAUUUCACCAGUUGUAAAAAAAAAAAAACCUCCCACCUUUAGUAAAUGUAUCCCUUUGACCUCAUCAGGUUAGCUCUGUUUUGAGAAGACGUUAUUUGGUUGAAAAUGGCUGUACAUAGCUCACUGGUCUCCUAUGGGGUUAGGUGUGAUCCGUCGGCAUUGACCGUGAUGAAAAUGUAAUGCUGACUGGAAAAUGCAGACACAGUAGUAAUGUUAUUUCAGGUCUUUUAACCAUGUAAGCAUUAUAACAUUAAUGGUAAUGCAUCAUGAGUGAAGUUACAAUGCCGACACAGUUGAAAUUCUUUAACUAUACUACCGUGUCGGCAUUCUCUGUGUUUUGACUGUGUACAAACUGUCUACCUCCCCUUCUGUGCCCCCCAGCCUCUGCCCCAGCAAUACCAUCCUUCAUGUCAAGCAUGAUUCUAGUGUCUCCUGAUCCUCAUCAGACCCCUUGUAUUUGCGUUGUGGUCCGAUGGCGUCGCUGAGAGUAUAACUUCUAGGGAGACUCUGUAUUCAGACAUUCCUCAAUGCCCCCUACCUUUACUAUAAUAGUAAUAGAAUUUGAGCAUGACACUCGCAUGUGAUGAAGCAUAUGUUGAAUGUUAAAAAAAUAUAUAUAUAUUUUUUUUAAAGAUCCUUUAAAUGCAUUCAUAUGCAAUUAUCACCUGGGGGAGGUGUGUCAAGCCUUGGAGAGUGAUAAAGUGGAGGAGUAGUCCAAUACUAUCUAUCAGCUUCUGUCAUUUAUCUAGCAGUCUUUGAAGUGACAGUUGGAAGCGGUUUAGUUGUCUCUCCAAGGCUUGAUACAUCUACCCCCUCCCAAUCAUUAGUCGGUAUAUCCCUCUUGUACCAGAUACUCUGUUAUUCACAAGUGUAACUGGUCCUUUUAGUUGCAUCUAACCUACCAGAGCUUGGAAUGAGGACCUUUGAUCCCUAAGGGAAGAGUUUGUUGAGCGAGCGCAGCCGAGGAUGAUGUCAGGGAGGGGGGUCCUGUGCAGUAGCAUGUUCCAGUACUGGUUGUUCAGUCGUUUCCGGACGAGUGAUAAUUUGGUAAAUACUACCUCAGUUAAUAUGUUCUUUACCUAGCAACUAUUUCAUAUACUGUGCAACUAGUGAGUACGGCAGAUCCUGAGUUUCCUUUACUUCAUACUCGGGAUGCCGACUGCCAUUCUAAUGUGGGCUUGAUUUAGUCCUGGUGGACCUGUCGCCUUGCAGCUGAGGUAACUGAUGGCGCCGACUGCCUAUAAAAUGGCUGCCGCUGCACCUGGGUUCACUUAUUUCCUGGAGAUUCUCUGUGGAUAGCCCCAACCCCUGCCCAAAUGCCCUGAAACAUUGAAUAAACCAUGAUGGAGCGUUUACAGAUACUGCUUCGUCAUCUCAACAGCCAGAUCUUCUAAUUCUCCCAUGAGACCAAAGUACAUCUGUAUUCCUGUUGUCAUUGUGGCAGGGAAUGCUGGGAUGUAUAGUCCAACAGCAGCUGGAGGGUCGCUUACUGCUCACCCUUGUUUUAGGUGCUACCCUUUUUGAGGGACCUCUAAAAGAGACUUUAGUUAUGCUAAAACCUGUUCCCCGGCCUCUUGCUGGAGGAAAAUGAGCCGCCCUGGGGCGGGUAACCAGACACUAGCUUUGUAGUACAUACUGUACGUUUAUAUAUUAUAACAGGAGCUGUCUGACACACACCUUUAGUAUACAAAUGUUACAGAUGCUUUAUAAGGUUGCCAGGUGGAUCGCUUGCCCUUUUCGAAGGGAGACUACACCCAAAAAUAUAUUUUUAUUUUUAUUUUCUCUAUCAUCCAUAGGGGACACUGGGAUCCGGUUACAGUGGGGUAUAGAUAUGAAUGUUUGGUAUGCAAACGUUAAUUACCCUCGCCCUGAAUGUCAAGAUCAGCUGUGUUAGGACCAUGCCCAGCUAAUUCUUCUCCAUGCCCAAGAACAGGCUAGUGUGAAACCGCCUGUCUAACCCAAACGUGGGCGACCCCAUGUGGACUGCAAUACCCCAAGAGUGAUUCCAGAAGAGAAUUUCUUGCAUGGAUUAAUGGCUAUUCCCAAUAAUGAUCUAAUUAUUAUUGGGCAUCGGCGUGUAAGUCACAAGAUUGUUCAAAGCUGUGGACUUUAAGACCAUGGCUAGCUGACAGAAUGCCUUUGUCUGCAGAUUUGGCCUAAAAGGGAUGAGGCGUAAUACUCCCAGUGAGUGCCUCGUGCCUCGGAUGUCGGUAGUUCCUAGUGAAUUGAUGCUGCUUACUUAUUAAAACAUACUUGUCUUUUUAGUAGUAAAAUAUUCACGUUUUGAAAGUGUCUUCUAUGUCCGAUCAAACCAGGAACACACUAACGAUACAGCCGUAGUACAAUCUGUGCUGGGAGUUGUAGUCCAUGAGCAGAUUUCUGUAGCUGCCUGGAUGUCUCAUUUAGGUGACCCUGAACGGGUGGCUGUUUUUUUAGUUCUUCCUCAGUGAUUGCACCAUUUGGGGUGUGAGGCUGUCUCCUGUUACUCCCAUCCAUGCACAGACUGUUACUUUACAACAGACCAAACAACGGCUAGGGAAUCGGUGUUGUCCUUAUUUGGGCCUCAUUCUCUUCUCUCCCCUUUUUUUAUUUUUUAUAUAUAUAUUGUUACUGUCUUGCUCUUUGUUACUACUUUUGUUGUACAACAUUGGUGCGGGCGAGAAAUAUUUUAUACAAGGGAUUUGUUAAAUUCUGUUUUGUAAACCGACCGAUUAUUUUCAAAAAAUAAAAAGGUGUCGCGGCGACACAACAUAGUGUCACGUUCAUUCUGCGUAGCGUGUGUGUGGCCCCAGCGUGUCCCCGCAGCUUGUUUGGAGCUUGAUCAAAGUUGGCCUAAAGUCUUCCUGCAUGAAUAUCGGUCAGUGCAUAUUGGGAUGUUAUUGUCCAGUGAGUGUCGGUAUAUAAUUUACUUUAUUGUUUAGUCAGUGACUGAAGUGAUCAAUGGGGAAAGACCUUUUUUGUGUUACAGGUUUUAAUAAGGGCAUAAAAUAAAUAUCCAUUCCUCUUCUGAGUGUAAACGGAGAAGGAUGCUGGUGUUUGUGGUUCAUCUCCUGCACUGACGUCGCUGGUUAGAUGAUCAGAGCAUUCCUCGCAGUUGGUGAAUCUGACGUCUCCUGGGUAUCGGUUGCACUGUGGACACAAGCAGAUUAGAGUGAGGACAUGGAGGACUCCUGGCAAGAUGGUAGAAUAGCUGGUGUAACCCGUAGCAACCGGACACUGUGUCUCUGCUAUAUCCCCCCAAAGUAUAAUGCCCUUGGCACAGCAUCAGACAUUUUUGCUCAUGCGCAGUUGGAAGAAGUAACGUGUAAGCUAUAUAUGUCCACAUCCAGUAAAUAUUCUAUUCUGAGGUGAUCCUCGUGUUCAUCACUAGAGACCUGAUUGCACCCUAAAUGCAGAUGAACUGAAUGUUGUAUUUUUCUUCACAAAAAAUACUCGCACCGCUGUCGUCAUUAACUAUAGCUGUCAAUUGCAACUACUUUUGCACAUAGAUGCGAUUAAACCUUUUGCCAGUCA